AUGAGUGGUGCCUUGAUCUACCAGCUUUGCGUCAGUUGUGUCAACCCGGAUUGGUUGAUUCUUCCUGAAAGGCCCUGGGGGAAGAUGAGUCGUUCUGGAUGGACUCAGCUGGCCGAAGAUGUCCUGCUGAGGGCACCGGGCAGCAAGAUGCAGGCAUCUUUUGAUCCGCGCCAUUUCUUCAUACAGACCCGAGGUAACAACUGGGCCGUCCUGGUGGAAACCUCGAAGUAUUGGUACAACUACCGACAUGCUGCCAACACGCUGUCCUUCUACCACACGGUGAAGCGUUUGGGAAUUCCGGACUCCCAGAUCAUUCUGAUGAUGGCAGAGGACGUGCCAUGCAACUCCCGAAACAGCAAGCCGGGCACUGUCUUCAACGAGAAGCAUCACAAGUUGAACCUCUAUGGCACCGAAGUGGAGGUGGACUACAGAGGAGAUGAAGUCUCGGUGGAGAACUUCUUAAGACUUCUUACAGGAAGACAUCCUCCAAGCACACCUCGCAAUAAGCGCUUGCUCACUGAUGCCUCCAGCAACAUCUUCAUUUUCAUCACCGGCCACUCCGGUGAAGAGUUCAUCAAGUUCCAGGAUUGGGAGGAGCUCACCUCCAAUGAUAUCGCAGAUGCUUUCAAGCAAAUGCAGCAGCAGCGUCGCUACAAGCAGAUCUUCUGGGUGAGCGACACCUGCCAAGCAGCUACGCUGCAGAAUCAGUUCUACUCCCCUGGGAUUUUGGCCAUUGGGAGCAGCGGAAAGAAGGAGAACAGCUACAGUCACCACAUUGACCAUGAGCUUGGGGUGGCGAUCAUCGAUCGCUUCACCUUCCAUGCGCUGGACAAGCUGGAGCGCUUGGCUCCCUCUUCACCUGAGACUGCACCGCGCUCAGAGGAAGGAGGUGCUGGAGAAGGACUUGGUCAGAUAUGGUAA